AUGUACAACAAGAUGGCAAUCCCAAAGAGAGUUAACAUCAUUAUCACUCUGGAAUUCAACCUGAUUCUACUGUACACUGGUGCUAUCCAAACGUGUACUGUUGGUGUAAAACAGCCUUCCCUUCUAGAAGUCGACUAUACUUAUCAGACAAUUACCAUACCAUGUGAUUUCUCUGCUAUCAACUGCCCUGAAACCCAGCCUCAAGUGCUAUGGUUUCGCCAAAAUGUUCACCACCAACUUGAAAACUUAUGUCCAGAUCAAUGCCUGGAUCAGAGAGGCAAAUUUACAAUGACUCUAUCACAGAUCCCAAACCAAACCUCUCUCACUCUAAACAAAGUAACUUUGAAUGACAGUGCAAUUUACUUCUGUGGAAUAGCAUUUUCAGCUUCAACUGAACCAAGGUCUAAGCAAACUGGGCCAGGAACAAUGCUGGUGGUGAGAGGGAGUAAGCUUCUCAGCCAUGAAGUAGAGAAUUUCCUGAUAGCAGCCUUAUGUCUGCUCUCUAUGUACACUGCUGUUCUAAGUGCGGUCUUCAUAGUCAUCUCCAAAUCAAAAUUGAAAGAAACAAAGAAAAUAGAAACUGAUGCACCACCACCAAAGAAGAGGAGUGCUCGACAUAUUUUCCAGGAAAUUGCACAAGAAUUGUAUCAAAAGAGAUAUGUGGAAACAAAACUAGGAGAAAGAGAUGACAACAUCUAUGAAAACAGAAGAGCACAGUCUAACUUUGAAAAACCAUAGAAAGGGGGGCAGCUAGGUGGCGCAAUGGAUAAAGCACCAGCCCUGGAUUCAGGAGGACCAGAGUUCAAAUUCGACCUCAGACACUUGACACUUACUAGCUGUGUGACUCUGGGCA